AUGUCUCCAGUCCACCGAUCUGACACCCAGCCCGAUCCCGAGGAGAACCGCUCCAGACCACGUCUCCCAGCGCGACAGCUCUCCCUCUCGUCCGGGCCCGCCGACAAGCCCUUCAGUCGCCGCAGUCUAUCACCUGCGCGGGAGUUGGAGCUCAGGCGUCAGCACUCCCUAGUUUUCAGCGCGGGACCGCGGCGCGCCAAUCUCGGUCCCAAGAUCAUCGGCGACUUCAGGACUAUCCACGCACACGUCGCAGACUUGGUUCAUCGUCCAGAGUCUCCUGUACACGCCGUGAAGGGCAGCAGCCACAUCAAGGAGCUAGCGGAUCUCGACUGGCAUACGCUCUCGCAGAGUGAGGUCUUGCAGCGCCUAAGUACCAGCGCGACAGAUGGACUGGACACCGGGCAGGCAAAGCGGAGAUUAGCAGCGGAUGGGCCUAACGAGAUCAAGCCACACAAAUCCAAUGUCUUCCUGAAGAUCUUCUUCUACUUCGCCGGCGGCUUUGGUAGUAUACUCAUCACCGCUUGCAUCCUAUGCUUCAUUGCCUGGAGACCCCUCGGCGAGCCUGAUCCGCCCUUGGACAAUCUCGCGCUGGCUGUCGUACUCAUUAUCGUUGUCUGCGUUCAAGCUGGCUUUAAUGCUUGGCAAGAUUGGUCGACCAGUCGAGUCAUGGCGUCCAUCACCGGUAUGCUCCCUUCCGAAGUCCUUGUCAUUCGAGAUGGGAAUGAGAUGCGUCUCGCUGCUCGAGAUCUGGUCACUGGCGAUAUUGUCUGCAUUUCCCUCGGUAACAAACUCCCGGCCGAUCUCCGCUUCAUCGCUACCUCCUCUGAUCUCAAGCUCGACCGGUCGGUCCUCACUGGCGAGUCGGAGCCGGUCGCGGGUACUCUCAAUUCCACCGACGCAAACAUGCUCGAGACCAAAAACAUCGGUCUUCAGGGCACUCUCUGCGUCGGCGGCUCCGGAAGAGGUGUGGUGAUCCAGACCGGACGUCAUACCAUCUUUGGCCGAAUCGCCAAGCUGUCAUCUACCGGUGCCCCCGUCCGCACCACUCUCCAGGCAGAGAUCGCCCGAUUUGUCCGCAUCGUCGUUGUCUUUGCUCUCUCCUUCGGUCUCAUCGUCACUGUCCUUUGGGCCGCAUGGCUGAACAAACAACACUACGGCUUCAUCACCUCCUCAGGCGCCGUGACCAAUCUGGUCGCCGUUUGCGUGGCGUUUAUACCCGAGGGAAUGCCAUCAGCCGUCACUAUCUCGCUAUCGGUCGUCGCCAGCCGCUUGGCAAAGAACAAGAUUCUCUGCAAAACCCUCAUGACCGUCGAGACGCUCGGCGCGGCCGAUAUCCUCUGCGCGGACAAGACGGGGACCCUCACCAAGAAUCAGAUGACGGUCGCUAGCGCGGCGAUCCUGAACGAAGAGAUGUCGCCGCAGGAAGCUGGGGACAGGAUUGGUCGCGGAGGAAAUGAGGGACAGGGAUGCAAGGAGCUCGCUGCGGUGGCGGGGAUAUGUAACGCUGCGGUUUUUGACGACAGCACGUCAGACCAGCCUAUCGAGUCGAGGCUCAUUGACGGCGAUGCUACUGAUUCUGCCAUCCUGCGCUGGGCCGAGUCGCUACAUCCUCUUCGCGACUGCCAGGCCGAGUGGAGCGAAGUCUUCAAUAUCGAUUUCAACUCAAAGACCAAGUUCAUGCUCAAAAUCCUCCGACCUGCUCUGGCUGACGCCCUUCCUGUCCCUAUCUCGCCCUUCGAUGAUUUCACCGCCGCCUCGCUCCUCCUCCUCUGCAUAGGCGCGCCAGACGUCCUCCUCCCGCGCUGCUCAUAUGUCAAUGACCCCAAAGGCGGUCCUCCCCUCCCCCUCACACCCGACAUCCUCAACGAGCUGUCUCGCGUACAGGACUCCUGGGCACGGAAGGGUCAGCGCGUCCUCCUCCUCGCCAAGCGUGUUCUUACGCCCGGCAUGAUUCCCGCCGGCGUCAUCUUUGAUGAUCCCGCCUUUCUCGACCUAGUCGACCAGCACCUUCAUCAGAACCUUACUGUCGUCGGAAUGGUCAGUUUCUACGAUCCUCCCCGAGAUGAUAUCCCGGAGACGGUCCGGAUCAUGCGCGGCGCCGGUAUCCGCUUCUUCAUGGUCACCGGCGACUUUGCUACCACCGCCUUGGCUAUCGCGGAGCAAUGCGGCGUCAUAUCGGAUGCUUCACGCGUACAUCGGCUCGGCGACCUGGAUCGGAAUGCUCAGAUGGGAUCUGUGGAGAAGUACGACGUCUACGCGGAGAACGAGGUGCCUAUCACGUCUCUCGUGCUGUCGGGCCCGGAUCUCCAGCAGAUGAAUGAGGCUCAGUGGGAGCAGGCGUGUCAAUACGUAGAGAUUGUCUUUGCGCGGACGAUGCCAGAGCAGAAGCUGCGAAUCGUCAAGGAAUUCCAGAGGCGGGGCGCGAUUGUAGGGAUGACUGGAGAUGGGGUGAACGAUGCACCGAGUCUCAAGGCGGCGAAUGUCGGUAUUGCGAUGGGUGGCGGGAGCGAUGUGGCGAUGGAAGCUGCGGAUCUUGUCUUGCUCGAUCCCUUCUCUUCUAUAGUCGUCGCGGUCGAAUACGGCCGCUUGACCUUCGACAAUCUCAAAAAGACCGUCCUGUACCUACUCUCCGCUGGAUGCUUCUCGGAACUCAUCCCGAUCCUACUGAGCGUCAUCCUGGGGGUUCCGCAAGCACUCUCGUCAAUCCAAAUGAUUCUCAUCUGCGUCGUCACCGAUGUCCUCCCUGCCAUCUCGAUGUGUUUCGAGAAGGCCGAGGCGGGACUGCUGCUCCGCAAGCCUAGGAAUACCAAGACGGACCGGCUGGUAGACUGGAAGCUGCUCCUACACGCGUACGUCUUCUUGGGGCUGCUGGAGAGUCUGUGCGCAGCAUCCAUGGCGUUCUGGUAUCUCAAUCGCGAGGGCUUCUUAUUCCGAGACAUUCUCGGUGUACUCUCAUAUGGCGACUUGCCCGAAUCGUACAAUCUCGACGCAUACGCCGAAGCCGUCCGCGUCGCCCAGUCCACCUACUUCUUCACCCUCGGCGUACCGGUCGAGUUCAUCUUCCUCCCUUUGGCGUUCGCUGUCGUUAUGAUCUUCCUGGAUGAGGCGCGCAAGUACCGCAUCAGGUCGAACCCGAAGGGGUUGCUCGCGAGGAUAGCUUGGUGA